GGUCUAUCAUUGGCUCUGCGGUCUGCACUCGAUUGCUUCCCCCUGCAGCGCAGAGUGAGUCGAUAGCAGAGCUGAUGCAACACACUGACAGCUCCACCGUACCGGCUCCUCUCACCAAGUCUCAGUGCAACAAGACCGGUUUGAAGAAGGACCUGCACCAUGGCAGAUCAGCUGAGUCCUGAUGAGAAGUUGGACCUCGUUACCAGGAACCUCCAGGAGGUCCUUGGAGAGGAGAAGCUGAAGCAGGUUCUCCAGGAGAGAGAGCUGAAGGUGUACUGGGGCACAGCGACCACUGGAAAACCCCACGUAGCUUACUUUGUCCCCAUGUCCAAGAUAGCGGACUUCCUCAAGGCUGGAUGCGAGGUCACUAUUCUGUUUGCAGACUUGCAUGCCUACCUAGACAACAUGAAGGCCCCCUGGGAGCUGCUGGAGCUCAGGGUGAAGUACUAUGAGCAGGUCAUCAAGGCCAUGUUGGAGAGCAUUGGUGUGCCUCUGGAUAAACUCAAGUUUGUCAAAGGAACUGACUACCAGCUCAGCAGGGAGUACACUCUGGAUGUGUACCGUCUGUCCUCCAUGGUGACGGAGCAUGACGCUAAGAAGGCUGGAGCUGAGGUCGUCAAACAGGUGGAGCAUCCGCUGCUGAGUGGCCUGCUGUACCCUGGACUGCAGGCUCUGGAUGAGGAGUACCUCAAGGUGGACGCCCAGUUUGGAGGAGUUGACCAGAGGAAGAUUUUCACUCUGGCAGAGAAGUACCUGCCCUCUCUUGGCUACGCCAAACGUGCCCAUCUGAUGAACCCGAUGGUACCAGGACUGACAGGGGCCAAGAUGAGCUCCUCAGAAGAAGAGUCAAAGAUCGAUCUCCUGGACUCCAAAGAAGAUGUAAAGAAGAAGCUGAAGAAGGCUUUCUGUGAGCCAGGCAACAUCCAGAACAAUGGAGUCCUCUCCUUCGUCAAAUAUGUCCUCUUCCCUCUACGCGGAGAGUUCUGCAUCAAAAGAGACCCCAAGUGGGGUGGAGACAAAAUCUACACUGGGUUUGAAGAGGUGGAGAAGGACUUUGCUGAGGAGACCAUCCACCCAGGAGACCUGAAGGCCUCAGUGGAAACAGCACUAAACCAACUGCUGGAGCCAAUCAGGAAGAAGUUUGAGUCUCCAGAGCUCCGCAAACUUACCAACUCUGCCUACCCCAACCCCUCAAAGAAAGGAGCAGCAAAGAGUGCCAAGGCAGGAGGAGGAGGAGGAGGAGGAGGAGAGGACGACGAGCUGGCCCCCUCCAGACUGGACAUCAGGGUGGGCAAGAUCAUCAGCGUGGAGAAGCAUCCAGAUGCUGAUUCGCUGUACCUGGAGAAGAUCGACGUGGGGGAGCCGGAGCCGAGGACGGUAGUCAGUGGGCUCGUGGCCUAUGUUUCGCAGGAGGACUUACAGGACAGAUUGGUGCUGUUGCUGUGCAAUCUGAAACCCCAGAAGAUGCGAGGGAUUGAGUCUCAAGCCAUGCUGCUAUGUGCCUCUAUUGAAGGGGACCCCAGGAGGGUGGAGCCUCUGGACCCUCCAGAGGGGUCGUCGCCAGGAGAACGGGUCUUUGUCGAGGGAUAUGAGACAGGCAAGCCAGAUGACAAACUCAACCCAAAGAAGAAGGUGUGGGAGAAACUACAGGUCGACCUGAAGAUAUCAGACGAGUGUGCGGCUCAGUGGAAAGACAAACAUCUGAUGACCAAACUAGGACAGAUCACGUGUAAGACACUCAAAGGAGGCAACAUCAGUUAGAUACACGUCACAUCACUUUCACCACUGAAGCUGCUCCUGCCGGCCACAUCACAACAAGAAUACUCCCAUCGCCAUGGUAACCACCGGCCAUACUUCAUCUGGAUGUGUUUUUUUGAAGGGUGACGGGACAGCGAUGCCAAACGUCUGAGAUGCUUGGGACUGGCUUAGACACAUUCUGUUACCUUGCUUUGACUUUAUUAGAAAAAUAAGAGCUUUGUACAACAAAAAUGAUGUAACUAAUCAACCUGUGAUUCAUUACUGUCUCUUUUUUUUUUUUUACCAGGGGUUUGGUGUUCCUAAUGCACUUAAAUAUACAAUUACAAUAUGAGAGCUUCUGCAAAGGAGACAUACUGCUACUCAGAUAAUGAAAUAUUACUUUAUUAUAGCUGAUACGGAAUCUCAGGUGUUUGAAAAAGGGACUUGAUGUUUCAGUAGUUUUCCGGUUUAAAAUUUCACUGUUGAUUGCCUUCAUGGUCAAUGUCAAGGCGUAGGCCAAUCUGCCAGACCUAAUUUAAUAAGAAUGGUUUUAGAUGUAUAUAAAAAUCAAUAUGUCAUGCACUGUAAGGCAUGGGACGCUGCAUUGGGGGUGGUGUUGUACAGAAAUCAAUAUCUGAACGUUAACUGUCACAUAAUCAAAUAAUGCAUCAUCUCUAAUAUGAAAUAAACGCUGGCUGAAUUCUG